AUGACCUUCACCACAGCUCCAAAUUUGUCUCCUCUAAGGGUCGUGCUGCUGGGGAAAACUGGUUCUGGAAAGAGUGCCUCAGGAAACACCAUCCUGGGGAGGGAAGCUUUUAAAGAGGACGUCUCAUUUGAAUCUGUGACUGAAACCUGCAGUAAUCAACAUACUGUAGUGAAUGGCAGAGAAAUUACAGUGAUUGAUACACCAGGAUUGUUUCAUACAGAAAAGCCUAUGGAAGAGCUGAAUGAUGAGAUGGAGAAGUGUGUUGAGAUGUCUGUGCCUGGGCCUCAUGCCUUCCUGCUGGUGAUCAGAUUAGGUGUCAGGUUCACAAAGGAGGGGAAGAAUGCUGUGAAGUGGAUCCAGGAGAACUUUGGUGAGGGGGCGCUGAAGUACACUAUAGUGCUCCUCACUCAUGGGGAUGUGCUGGAGGGGAAAUCAGUGAAGGAUGCUCUGUGCAGAAGUCCUGCUCUCUCAUGUCUUACUGAACAUUUUGGGGGUAGAUAUCACGUCUUCAACAAUAAGAGUAAAGACAGGACUCAAGUCAGAGAGCUAAAGGAGAAAAUUGAGGCCAUGGUGAAGGAGAAUUGGGGAGCAAACUAUACCAGUGAGAUGUACAAGGAGGUGCAGAGAAGAAUAAGAGAAAAGGAGGAGAGGAAAAGAGAAGAGGAAGAGACACGGAAAGCAGAGGAAGAGAGAAAGAAAAAACUAGCAGAAAUGAAGUUAGAAAAUGAUAAGAGAAAGAAGGGAGAGGCACAGAUGAAGGCCGCAGAAGAAAGGAGGCAGAGAUUAGAAGAAGAGGAGAAGGCCACGGAAGAAAGGAGAAAGAAAUUCAAAGCAGAGGUGGAGGAGGUCGAGGAAAAAUACAGGCAGAGAUUCGAAGCAGAGGAGAAGGACUUCAGAGAACAAGAUAAAAGAGCUAAAAUCACUGCUGUGUUUGGUGCACUAGGAACUGUAGGAGCAACAGUAGCGACAGGAGGAGCAGCAGGAGCAGCAACAACAACAACAACAACAACAGCAGCAGAAGCAGUAGGAGUAAAUGCAAUAUCAAAAGCAAAUGCAGCAAAAGUAAACGCGGCAGCAGCCGCAGCAAAAGCAAAACAAAAGCAAUAG